UCUCUGAUAUAGUUGCUGACAUCUCAAGUUAAAGGUUACUCGAUCUAAUGCAAAGUAUGAGAAAUAAUUGUAUUUAUUUUAUUUAUUUAUGUCUAUUAUUUUUCUUCUUUUUUUGGCAUUCCAAAUUAUUAUAAUAUCAACAAAAAUCUUGCAUAAAGUGACACAUCUUUCACUUUUAUGGUGACUGCUUUGGCCAUAUUGUUCCAUUUCCUUCCCAAACAGCGCCAGGUGAAGAGACAUGAUGAGAAUGGAGGUAGAUUAAUGCUCUGCCAACCACUCCCAGACUCUCUCCCUUCUCUCUCUCUCUCUCUCUCUCUCUCUCUCUCUCUCUCUCUGUGAUGCUGCAGCUCCUGUAGUCUCUUCAGUCUCCAGUAAACAGCAGUCAUGGCGACAGUGGUCCAACCGCUCACACUGGAUCGAGAUGUUGCCAGAGCUAUCGAGCUGCUGGAGAAGCUGCAGGAGUCGGGCGACGUUCCCGGUCACAAGCUCCAGUCUCUGAAGAAGGUCCUUCAGAGCGAGUUCUGCACAGCCAUCAGAGAGGUGUACCAGUACAUGCAUGAAACAAUUACAGUGAAUGGCUGUCCAGAGUACCAGGCGAGGGCCACAGCUAAGGCUACAGUCGCCGCCUUCGCAGCCAGCGAAGGUCACUCUCACCCGCGUGUGGUGGAGCUUCCUAAGACGGAGGAAGGCCUCGGCUUCAACGUGAUGGGUGGCAAAGAGCAGAACUCGCCCAUCUACAUCUCCCGCAUCAUUCCCGGAGGCGUGGCCGAGAGGCACGGCGGCCUAAAGCGAGGAGACCAGCUCUUGUCUGUCAACGGCGUGAGCGUAGAGGGAGAGCACCACGAGAAGGCGGUGGAGCUGCUGAAGGCGGCCAAGGACAGCGUGAAGCUGGUGGUCCGCUACACCCCCAAAGUGCUGGAGGAGAUGGAGGCUCGCUUCGAGAAGCUGCGCACGGCCCGGCGGCGUCAGCAGCAGCAGCUCCUCAUGCAGCAACAGCAACAGCAGAACCUGGCCUCUCAGCAGAACCACAUGUCGUAGGUUGUUCCAAAAGAAGAAGAAGUGAAGGAGAGCGAAAAAAGGUGGAUCUCUAAGACCAUCUGUGUGUGUUGAGGAUCCCAAAGGAAUCUCUCCGUCACGGAGGAAAACCAACAAGUACAAGACUCUUUUACUUACUCUCUCUCCCUUCCAGUGUACCACCGAUUACUGAGCAAAAACAAAGAGAGCGUUUGUCCUGAAAUUGGUGCUUCGAGAAACAAGUAUGAGGGAGGCUCACACUGAAAGUCGUCCGGUUUAACUUUGUAUUCCCUUUUAUAAGUUCUUCUCCCCCUCCCGUUGUGACUUUUACCGACCUUUCUUGUGUUCGUUGUUUUACAGUCAUCCAUUUUGAUUGCUUAACAUCCAUUACGCAGUGGAACCUUUUUGCCAUUCUUUUGCCAUAGAUAUCAUUUGUACAGUGGUGUUUCUAUUGAUUCUUCAACUGGUGCUUGUGUCUCUGUAUGAAUGACCAUCGAUUUCUUUUACGUGUCAGACUUGUCCUGUUUUGGAUAAACGUGAACUCUUUUUUACCUUCUAUAUUGUAGCAAGAAAAAGAUUUUGUAUCUUGUAGGUUUAGCAAUAACACACAUUCUUCAGUUUUUAACCACUAAAACUCAUGAUCCAAUGCACACAGUACACAUAUACGGUUUAUGUGCAGAUGUAAGUCAUUGUAAAGCAAACUGGGUCUUAUGCACUGUAAGGCAGCUUCUGAGUCCAAAUCGGUGCCAUUUAAAGAGAUUAUUAAUUUCCGGGCGGCAUGUAGAAUUAAUGUGCAAUAACAUGCGAUUGAUAGAAGACUUUAUAAGCUACUCCCAACUGAAAUUUAUCUAGAAAAUAUAUAUUACAAAGAGGUGCAGUUCAGAAACUGUGUCCUGUUCCCGACAGAUUAACAGAAUGUCAUCCGUGUUCAUUUUAACAGAGUGGGAAUUUAAAAAAAAGAAGAAGAAGAAUUAUCUUUAUUUUUCAGACCUGUCUAUUUUAUAGUUUAUGAGAUCAGAGAUUUAACAUAAAGUUUUAUGGUUCCUUUUAAAUAUUAUCUCUAAAACGCACAGAUUAUUAUUUCAAAUCUGUUCAUUGUAUGACGGCGGAGCAGGUGGUUUAUGUGGGUCUAUUUUUGUUUGGACAAUCAUUGUGAGAAGUGUUGAGACUGAGUGGAAUGUUUUUUUUCUUCUGUAUCUGUAAGAGAAAUCAGCUUUUCUCUACCAACCAAGAGAUAAAGUGGUAAUCCGCCAGGACUGUAUUUACUUUUGUCUCCAUCUUCGGUGCUAAGCGCUCCUUGUUGUAUCUUGUUUUUGUUUGGCUCUGCAUUUCGCAGAGUUCAAGUAUUUGUCAUCUUUGCAUCUCUUGUGUUUGUUGUUGUUAUUUUAUUUUUUUUCAUUUUCUGUAGGUGGCGCUCUUUUCUUUUUCUUUGUGCAACCACACAGGCUUCACCACUUUCCCUCUUCAAUUUAUCCAACGCAUAAAACACAUCACUUAUUGAAUAGAAGAGCGUUUUUUCUUCCCCCCGUGAGAAACCAAGUACACUCUGUAUGUUAAUGACAGCUAAUGUAAGAGCUGCUGAUGUUCAAAAGUUGCAUUUUCAUUGGCAAUUUUGCAGAUAAUUUCUUGACUUUGGCUUUGUGGAUUCAUUGACAGUAAGUGAUGAUUUCAUUUUAACUUUAUCCGUUUUUUCCCCCCUAAAAAAAACUGUUUGCAUCGAGGUCUACUUUGCUUUAAGUGACCUUCAUGCUCAGGUUUUUACAUGAUAUUCAGACAUUUUUUUUGGUCCCUCGCUCACUCUCCAAACAGUACAUCUCAAUAUGACAGAACCCUUUUUGUAUCUUUAAAUCACAGGUACUCUUUCUUAAUUGACUUGCAUUUUUGAAGCUGAUGGUCCUGCACUUACCGUAAAGAUUAAAAAAAGACAACAAACUGUUGAUAUGCAAUUGUUAUACAUACUAUAUUUGUAUAAAUAAAUCUAUGUGCUUGUGUACAGUGA